AUGGACUUAACGGCCAAGAUGGUGAAUGACUGCUGCGAUCUUGCAGUCCUACGAAAGCAAAGUCCCGAGCUGGAGCUAGUGUUUCAGAAGGACUUCUUAAUUCCGAAGUUUACUCUCGCCAGUGCUUUGGCCAGCCGUGUCUACAGUGACCUUGACGCGAUGAAGAAGUGGGGUGUCGCCCUGCUAGAUGACGACGAGGCUAUUGACAGGCACAUUCUAUGGUUCGCAGUGACGGUCGUGUAUGAUGGCUUCGAUUGGCAAGAACCUCCGGAAACUUUUGCUGACUUGGACAUCUUCGUGGACCAAUGCUUCUAUUGGCACGUGGACGACGAUAAUGAGUUCCGAUCGUUGACAAUCCACCAUAUCGAUGAAUACUUUAAACAUGAGAACGUUGUACAUGCGAACUCAGAAUCUGAGGCGAGCUCAGAAUCUGAGUGA